UACAGAGGGAAGAUCAGAUCGAGAAAUGAAGAGAGAGAGAGAGAGAGAGAGAGAGAGAGAGGAGGCAGCGGAUAUGGAUGGGGAGAGCUGUUGACGGAGAGAUUAAUGAGGAGAAGAAAUGGAGUGAGGAGAUGAGUUCAAGAACGUGGGGAGGGGACAAAGGGGAAACAAAAAAGAAUAGCAUAUCAAGAGUUGAGGCCCACCCACCGCCAACACCAAACCCCGGCCACAGCCAUCCCUUCCCCCCACUCUCUCCUUCCUUCCUCCCUCCCUCCCCUUGACUUGCCCAAACCCUAAUCCAAGCGCCUCCUAAAGCAAUCCCUUCCGCCCCUUCCUCCUCCCCAAAACAACCCCCUCCCCUCCGCGGGAAAGAUGAAUCGGUUGAUGUAGCUCUUCACUUCCAUUUUUGCAGCUUUCGAUUCCUAGAAAGAUUGGUAUUAGAAAAGCAAGGAAGGAGAGACAGACCGCCGCCUUCCUUUUCCCGUCUAGAUUACCUUUUACUACUCCUCAUCAAAGCGUCCACCUUCGAUCUUGGUUUCAAGAACUAGAUCUCCUAUUUGUUUGAUCCGCACAGUUGCACUUCCUGAGGGUGCACACCAGCUAGUUUCGUUUUUUAUAAGCAAAGGAUAAAAAAAGAGAGAGGAACGGCGUUUAAGGAAUUGAUGGAUCCAAUUUCAGCAUCCACGCAUGGCCACCAUCUCCCUCCUCCCUUCCAUGGCCAAGAGUUCCAUCCCCUCCACUUUCAGCACCUUCAGCAACAGCAGCAGCUCAAGGUCGAGGAAGAACACAGUGGCCUCCGCCGUGGCACGAAGCGCGACCAUGACGACAGUAACAACGACGAGAAUAACAAUUCCAGCGGCGGCGACGGCAAGGAGCUGGCUCCAGCAACUUUCUCCGCCGGCGGAGAGGGGGAGAUCAUGCGCCGGCCGCGCGGCCGCCCAGCCGGGUCCAAGAACAAGCCGAAGCCGCCGAUCAUCAUCACCAGGGACAGCGCCAACGCGCUGCGGUCGCACGUGAUGGAGAUCGCGGGCGGGUGCGAUAUCGUCGAGAGCGUCGCCAGCUUUGCCUGCCGCCGGCAGCGAGGCGUCUGCAUCCUCAGCGGCAGCGGCACCGUCACCAACGUCAACCUGCGCCAGCCUGCCUCUUCCAGCGCUGUCGUCAACCUUCGUGGCCGCUUCGAGAUUCUUUCUCUCUCCGGAUCUUUUCUUCCGCCGCCUGCACCACCUGCCGCCAGUGGCCUCACCAUAUACCUAGCCGGCGGGCAGGGCCAGAUUGUCGGGGGUAGCGUCGUCGGGGCUCUAAUAGCAUCAGGACCAGUAAUUAUAAUGGCCGCAUCCUUCGGAAACGCAGCUUACGAGAGGCUGCCCCUCGACGAGGAGGAACCUCUACAAGCUCAGCAGGGUGCUCUCGGGUCGCCUGGACUGGUAGGACAGUCGACUCCACCGCAGCAGCCCCAGCAGCAGCAGCUACUCGACCCCAACAAUCCGCUCCUCCACGGCCUCCCGCCAAACCUCCUCAAUAAUCUCCAGUUGCCAGCCGAUGCAUACAGCUGGGCCACCGGCGCAGGAGGGCGCGCCUCCUUCUGAUCCUAACAGCAAUUCACCACCCACUUUGUGAAGAAACCCCGCAGGAGCUCAUGCUGAUGCCAGCUUUAGCCUCAAUUCGGAAGAUUCAGGAAUUCUUCUCUCUCUUCUUUCUCUCAACUUAAUCUUCUUUUGCUGCUUUCUUCGUUUCCUUAUUUCGGUUCGGCAUAGGAUCAUCAUCCUCAUCUUUCUUCUGAUUUGGAGAAGCGUUGUACAAAACCAUGAGUUCUCGGAGUUUCGACUCCGAUGGCAGAAGAUAAGCUUAUGUGCAAAAGGCAUGCAUGCACGGUGGAAGAAGAGACCGAAAGAGUGAUGCGCCGUCGCUUCUUAUCUGGUAUGCUUGCAAGGGAAAGGGAAGGAAGGAGGAGAUCUGCAAGUUAACCCCGGAAAAAGAGGUUCAGCGAUGUACUUCCACUCUUAUUGUUAAUUUGAAGUCUUCGAAUCGUAAUUAUGCUGCUGCAUAGGUUUCUUGUAUGCUACUCCAAUAUGAGUAUCUUCUUGAAAGCUACUAAUUCUAUUA